ACGUCCCCCCCCCCCAUUCUAUGGUAUGCACUUGGUAUGUCCCUCGGAGCCGGAAGUCAGCUCUCAUCACGUGAUGUAAACAUGGUGAGCUGACAGUACCUGUCUUCCCAGAAGAAUUUUGUACAUGUAGUGUACCUGUGCUCAUCUGACUGCCAAGAUGAAUGCUAUUGUGGCUCUUUGCCACUUCUGUGAGCUGCAUGGACCACGCACCUUGUUUUGCACAGAAGCACUGCACUCCCCACUUCCCCAGGGGGCCGGCUGUGGAGAUAGCUUCGGGCAGGGGGAAGCAGCAGAGGAAGAGGAGGUGGGAAUCCAGAUGAGCAGCAGGAUUCGGUCACACAGCCCCGCAGAGGGGGCAAGUGCAGAAUCCAAUAGCCCCAGACUCAAGAAAUCGGAUAUGUGUGAGGGUUGUCGUUCUCUGGCUGCAGGUCAUCCUGGGUAUAUUAGCCAUGACAAGGAGACAUCCAUCAAAUAUGUCAGCCAUCAGCACCCAAACCACCCACAGUUAUUCAGUAUUGUCCGCCAGGCCUGUGUUCGCAGUUUGAGUUGUGAGGUCUGCCCGGGUAGGGAGGGUCCCAUCUUUUUUGGCGAUGAACAACAUGGUUUUGUGUUUAGCCACACGUUCUUCAUUAAAGACAGCCUUGCCCGUGGCUUCCAGCGCUGGUACAGCAUUAUUGUCAUCAUGAUGGACAGAAUUUAUCUUAUCAACUCCUGGCCAUUCCUGUUGGCUAAGAUCAGAGGAAUCAUAGACGAGCUGCAAGGAAAAGCGUUCAAAGUGUUUGAUGCGGAGCAGUUUGGAUGCCCCCAGCGACCCCUGCGGAUAAACACAGCGUUUACUCCAUACCUACAUAAACGAAAUGGAAACGCAGCCCGUUCCUUGACCUCUCUCACCAAUGAUGACAAUUUAUGGGCCUGCCUCCAUACCUCCUUUGCAUGGCUGCUAAAGGCUUGUGGUUGCCGCCUGACAGAGAAGCUGCUGGAGGGCGCUCCUACUGAGGACACCUUGGUACAGAUGGAAAAGCAAGCAGAUUUAGAGGAGGAGUGUGCAGCCUGGGAGGGACAGGAUGGAGAAGAGGGUAGUCUCAGGCCUCAGCCCAACGUGUUGGAGGUCCGCUCCAAUGAGACGUCUAAGUUAUUGGAAUGCCGGCUGCCCGUGGUAUUCCGAUCUCUCAGGCACAUGAGGCAGGUGCUGGGCGCUGCUUACUUCAGGGUGUUAGCCUGGCACAUUCUGAUGGGUAAUCAAGUCAUCUGGAAGGGGCAGGACCGCGAUCUGAUUCAGUCGGCGUUUGAUGUUCUGCGGACCAUGCUCCCGGUGGGCUGUGUCCGCGUGAUUCCGUACAGCGAGAUAUACGAAGAUGCGUAUCGGUGCAACUUCCUUGGGUUGAGUCCUCAAGCUGAAAUCCCCCCUCAUGUGCAAACAUCUGAAUUCACUGUCAUGGUGGAUGUUCGCAGUGCUCCACGCUCCAACUUAUACCCAGUCUUGUAUGCGGGCGAUGAGCCGCUCAGCAGGUAUGACUUUGUGGUUUCCAGUGGCAGCCCGGUCGCUACAGAUAGGGUUGGACUCACCAUUCUGAACAAGAUUGAGGCAGCUUUGAAUAACGAAAACCUUUCAGUGGAUGUGGUGGAUCAGUGCUUGGUCUGCUUGAAGGAGGAGUGGAUGAAUAAAGUAAAAGUUCUCUUCAAAUUCACCAAAGUGGACAGUCGCCCAAAGGAAGAUACACAGAAACUACUGGGAAUUCUCGGAGCUUCAGAAGAGGACAAUAUAAAACUUCUCAAGUUCUGGAUGACUGGACUCAGCAAGACUUACAAAUCCCACCUUAUGUCCAGUGUACGCAGCCCCGCGGUCUCAGAGUGCCGGAACUAAGACUCCUAAUCUUUGGGCAGGAUUUGAUCCACGGCCAUGGCAUGCACCUGGCUAGACAGUAUUAAAAACAUAUAUUUAUAUAAACUUUAAUCUAUCAAAGUGAAAAUAAUGAUCUGCUUUCAGAUAGAAGCAAUAUAAAAUUCUGCAAGGACUCGACUCGUGAAUACUUUAGGCUAGCCAUAUCCAACAUAACAGAUUGUGCCAGGUCGCGGGUUUGUGUCUGUUCAAGACCAUAAUGCUCAUAACCAUUCUUAAAGAAACAGAGGAAAUACAUUUUAAGAUAAGCUUGCAUUUAUUCACUAAAUGUAAGUCAUUCAUAACACCUUCCUAUAUUUAUUGCAAUAGCACUGGCGAUGGUUAUAAUCUAACUGUGUGCAGACUGUGAUUCCACUUGACAACCAGCCAAUCAUUCAACAGGCUGAGUGUCAGAGGAACUGUAAUUUAAAGAUUAUUAAAUGUUUCUAUAUCCCCAAGGUAAGCCAGAGAUACAGCCAUCUGUUGUAUCUAGAUCCAUUGGCCCCCUGAGCCUCACAAUUUGCAAGCUAAUGUUAUUUUGUGAUCUCCUAGGCUACAUGACUCUGGAAAUACUACUACACAUGGAUGGAAAACAUGUAACUGUACUGCGGAGGAAGUAUUUCCAGGUUGGACUGUUCACUUUUUCCGAAAUCAGACAUUUACAAAUGUACGAGUCACCCACUGAUGUUGCCUUCUAAUUAACUCGCUCAAUUUUAUGGCCAACUUAUUCUUCUAAAGCUGGAUAUCCUCUCCCACCAUGUUUGAUAUAAGACCACGUCACACAUUCGUUUAGGUAGAAAUGGGAACGUUUAUUAUUUUACAGAGUAAAGCAAAUCAGGCUUGUUAAGGUAAUUAUGCAUUUGAACAUGUUAGGAUGGUAUUUUCAUCAUAUCCAAAUGGGAUACUAUUUCUUUUAAGUUUAACAAUUUCCUAUGGGUAAGUUUAUUAUCAGGUUAAUUUCUUGAAACCGGCUCACACACUGGGGUCAUGAAUAGUGGAAUGUGGGAAAAAAUAAAUUGGGGGGAUUUUAUAUUUUAGAACAAAAUGUUAAAAAAAAGCUCAGAUUUGGGCAAUUUUUUACUAGUUCAUCUACUUUCCCCCCCCAAAUUUUUUUUUGUAGUUCCAUUGUUAUUUAUCCACAAUUUCAGGUUCAAUAAAUAACCCUAAUAGAUUUCAAAUUCAACAUUAAAUAUAAUGAAAUGAUCAGCCAUUCUAUAGUAUUACAUGGCAUAUGUCGAGUGAGUAUUUAAUACGAGGAUCUUUGUUUUAAACAGUAAUGUUUUUGUUUGUUUAUUUUAAUAAGUAGUCUCUCUGAUUAUCAUUGUUUGUGGGGUGUAUCUUUUACCAUACUCACAGCAAAUGCCACCUCCCAGAACAGUCCUUUCUAACCACAGUUGUUUACGGUCACGCUUCCUGGUUGCCCUGUCUGACUGUGUGAACUGCAGUUGAAAAAAACUCUUGUACCCCAUUUUACACUUCUAAAUUCUAUGUAUUUUUCCUUCUAUUACCCCAUUAAGCAGCAUUUCAAUAGUUUACGUUUUUUGAAAAUUUUUGUAUUCACGAAACCCAGGUUUUGAUGAAUUGAAACCUGAUUGGCAAAAGUAACAGAUCUGUAAAUAAAUCUUCAGUUUGCUAUAAUUUUAGCUUGGCUAUUUUAGCAUUGUUUUUGACAUUUGAAUUUCUAUUCACAGCAAUUCAGAUUUUGACAAAUAAACCCCUAAAUGUAAAUUUUACUAUAAAAUGCAACUUUGUAUACGUGUUACAUGAUCGAAUUUGUUUGUUACAAAAAUAAAAGAUCUAGUUUUAAAAUA